AUGGCAGUCCGAUUCUUUACUAUGCCCAAACCUUUAGGGGAGACUCUGGCUGAGAACGAGAACUCGAGAAACCCCAAGUCUCCAAACGGGGUUUCUGAGAACAAGGAAAUGUCCCGAAGCGCCAUGGCCGCAACGGAUCCUACCAACUCCACCCCCAAGUCCCACCCUCCGGAAAAGGUCCAAAAUGGCAUAACCUUCGCAAACCAAGACUCCCUCCCCAAACUCCCGAUCCCAGAUCUUGAGAGCACCUGCAAUCGCUACCUGGAGUGUUUGGCUCCUUUACAGUCUGCCAGGGAGCAGGAGGAGACAAAGGCCGCUGUAAAUGAAUUUCUUAAAACGGACGGCCCGGAAUUGCAAAAUAAGCUGAAGAACUACGCUACUUCGAAGUCGAGUUAUAUCGAGCAGUUUUGGUAUGAUUCUUAUUUGAAUUAUGAUAAUCCGGCAUGGUGGCGCAUCGAAACAAGAGUGCCAACCGAGAACGGGUGCAUCAUUGGUCAAGAUUCGGCUGCUAAGCAUAUGGUGGUUCUUUGUCGGGGUCAGUUUUACUGGUUCGACGUUCUUGACGACAAUAACGACCUGCUUAUGAGCGAAAGGGAUAUAUCGCUCAAUCUUCAAGUAAUUAUCGAAGAUGCAGAGCAGACACCAAUCCAGGAGGCCGCUAAAGGGGCACUUGGUGUGCUCAGCACGGAGAACCGGAAAGUCUGGUCGGGUUUGAGAGAUAUCUUGACCAAAGAUCGGAAGUCUAACAACGCUGAGUGUCUGAAUAUCGUCGAUACCGCGCUAUUUGUUUUGUGCUUGGAUUCCACGGAGCCGUCUAAUACAUCUGAGCUUUGCGCCAAUAUGCUCUGCGGGACAAAUGAAGUGGUCAGGGGUGUACAGAUUGGAACGUGCACGAACCGAUGGUAUGACAAGCUUCAAAUCAUUGUCUGCAAGAACGGUAGUGCUGGUAUCAACUUUGAGCAUACUGGUGUAGACGGCCAUACUGUACUUCGAUUCGCCAGUGAUGUUUACACGGACACGAUCCUUCGGUUUGCCAGGACCAUUAACGGCCAGGCACCUAGCUUGUGGGCAACCACCAGCCCUCCCCCAUCAAAACGGAGUCCUGAGAGUUUUGCAUCGAAUGUGAGCACAACCCCACACAAACUUGAGUGGGACAUGGGCCCAGAACUCAGCAUUGCCCUUCGAUUUGCCGAAUCACACCUCGCGGAUCUGUUACAUCAGCAUGAAUUCCAAGUCCUCGAUUUUAAAGGCUACGGAAAGAACUUCAUCACAUCGAUGGGCAUCUCGCCUGAUGCAUUUGUUCAAAUGGCUUUCCAAGCCGCUUACUAUGGUCUCUACGGCCGGGUAGAGAAUACCUACGAACCAGCGAUGACUAAGUUCUUCCUCCACGGGCGCACGGAGGCCGUCAGAACCGUCUCCCACGAAUCCGUGGAGUUCGUACGAACAUUCUGGGACGAGCGUCCCGCAGCGGAAAAAGUAGCAGCCCUCCGAAAAGCAACAGAAAAACACACCGCAACUACCAAGAUCUGUUCGCAAGGCAAAGGCCAAGACAGGCAUCUCUACGCCCUCUACUGUCUUUGGCAGCGCUCCUUCGAUGAUGGACAUGGGAUAAUCAACAGCGGGCCUCCAAGCACAAAUGGCUACUCGAGCCCCGCCGAGAACGGUUCAUCCAUCGAUUCCUCCCCAGCCCCAGCGCACGGUUCUACCGCCGUAUCCCGCCCUUCCUCGCCCUCCGACGACGGCAUAUCUUCUAGCUACUCCGCCAACAGCUCACGCAACAUCCGCCUUCAACAUCUCGCCCACACCCCAGCUCUCUUCAAUGAUGCUGGCUGGGAUAAAAUCAAUACCACAAUCCUUUCGACCUCAAACUGCGGCAAUCCGUCACUGCGCCACUUUGGCUUCGGUCCCACCUCUGGCGACGGCUUCGGCAUCGGUUACAUCAUCAAGGACGACUCGAUCUCCAUCUGUGCGUCGUCCAAGCAUCGACAGACAACCCGCUUCAUCCAGUCGCUCGAGACGUAUCUGUAUGAGAUUCGCAAGCUGCUGCGCGCGACGCAGCGCAAACCCGUGGGGCCGAGUUGUGUGCGCGAGAGGCAGAUGGAUGCAGAGUCUCCCACUGCGCCGGUUGUGGUGGCACCUGGAGAACGCGUGAAGGGGAAGGGGCGGCUAGUGAGGGUUGAUCCGCAGCUUGUGGGCGGGGCGGGGACGGUUGAGACCCCGACGACGGAUGGUGGCGAUGUAGAAGACGAUGGGAUGGGUGGAUAUGGGUUCUUCGAUGCGGGGAUGUUGUUGCAUGCGCUGAAGGGUUUGCAGGCGGAUCGAGAUCGGGAUAAGCCUCCGAAGCGAAAGUUGGUUGGGAAAGUGUUGAAAUUGAAUGAGUAUUGA